CAUUUAUUUAUCUCGUAUUUAAACAUGAAAAGUUGAAAAACGUGGACCGAUGAAUCGAAAAAUCCAUCGUUGAUCCACUGAUGAUUCACCAAAGAUCUUCUCCUGGCGCGACUAUAGUAGUCGAUGUGAUCAAGUCAGGUUUAAAGAAGAGGAAUCGAGUACGAGAGGGAUAGAGAGAACUGUGGUUAGACCAGGAGAAAGAAAGACAGCGAAUUGGUCUCUCCUGUUCCGUGGGUUCACCUAGGGACCCCUUCUACAUAAGGCCCCGGUUCUCACCCCACCUCGUCAGUGUAGUGGCGGCCGUUGAAGUGCCACGUUACAGACACCUCAGUGCCUCACGAUAUUUCGAACGUGACUCGAACAGUGUCGACGAUCGAAAACCGGACCGUUAUCGUGCUAUGUGGAACAUAGUGUUCUCGAAAAAGUGAUUCGUUAUCGAUUCCUAUAUUGGAUGUUAAGCUGAAUUUCUCGGCGUUAAGGACGCAAAAUGCUGAAGUGGACGGUCUCGAGAUCGUUGUCGACAACCAGUUCGACGCCUCACGGUCCGCCCACCUUGAACAAGGCACCCCGUCGGCCCUUUCGAGAUUUGUCCAACACACCGCCAACCUCCGCUAGUUGCCGAACCAGGCAAGUAUCUACUCAGAAUGUGUCGAACACGACCAGGACGACGCCGGCUCGACGCAGAAGAUGCAGAAGUCACGGAACCGACUUGAGGACAUAUUUUCAGGCGUCGAAGCCGCAUUUGAGAUCGAGUAAACGUCAAUCCGUGUCGCAGGGAGCGGAGAAUUCAGCGACGUCCGAAAGCUUUUAUCAAAGCACGCCGAGAGUGGACACAGAUAUCGGACCGCUCACGUAUUUUCCACCCGGUAGCAAGUGUUCCACCGCGCUUACUCUACCGACGGACCCCACGCUCUUCAUGAACAGUCGCGCCAAAAACUUCCAGAGUGACAGCGAGCUGCCGCAGAACGUCGUCAACGAGGCGCGAGCGAAUCUGCAGUCGCACGUCUCCGAUUUUUUUCAGCAGAUCUCGAUGGCCACCAGCCCCGAGGACGUAAUGGAGACGGAUUCGAUGCCCCUGGGGACGAAAACCAAGAUUUAUUCUCAGAACGGUGAGCAAAAGACGCGAUCGGUGAAAACACCGUAUCUGCCGAAACUAGCGAAGAUUACGAAGAUACAUGCGCGAUGUCGGACGCCCUAUCACACGAAACUCGCUCAGGCAAUCAGUCCCUUCAAGCUGAAAGCGAGUCAAGGACAAACGCCGCUUGUCGGCAAGUUGUCGAGUCUCACCAUAGAUCAAGACUUGCCGAAGUACGAGAACAUGGAUAACACCGUGACGGAGGUGCUUCACAGAGAACAGGAGAUCAAUUUUGGAAGCAAAACCGUGGCGGAGAUUCUUCUAGGCAACGCCGAGGAAAGGAGCAAAAUCCUGGAAGCGGGCGACAAGCAAUCCGAUUCAAAUAUGAUGGAUCACAUAUACGAGACUAUCCCGGAACAGGACGAAGUGGCGGAGGAAGAAUCACUGGCGCGCAACGACAGUUCCAUAUCGUCAGUCAGUCAACUCCUGGAGGAUCCAUCGCCGGUGUCCUGGGCUUUCGCGUCGCCGUUGAACGAUCUCGGUGAAUUCACGCUGAAGAGACAACGCGGCAUUCGGCGAAAACGUCCGCGAAAGGACGGCGACAAGGCGGUGGACGGUAAACGGGUCAAGAGAAUGUACAGUCCUUCGGUAAACGAGGAUCAGAAUACGCUGAUCGAGGCAAUUAAUCCGAAUGUGAAGAAACUCGUGUUAGAGACGGAUCUGGAUUCGACAUUGAACGAGAAGCAUCUACCAGUCACGAAGGCGUUCUUCUGCGAUGCUAAGGAUCGUAAGGAGGAGGACGUUAACAAGAAAGCCGAUUUCUGGGAUCUCGACAGUCCCAAAUCGUCCAUGAUGGACGAUCUGCACAGCACGAAAUCGUUCGCCACUUCUGUAUCUACAACACAGGAAGUUCCCUUGAUCGCCACUGUCAGAAGAUGCUUAAAGUUUAGUCCCGAGAGCGAACCGUCGACGAGAUUUAACUCUUGCGGCUCGAUCGAAAUCGAGUGCUCCCUUGUGGCGGAGCACAUACACGUUCGAGUGGUAAGGUGCAAGGAUCUGAGGCGGGCAUAUGAGGGGCCGGUGCACGCGUAUGUCAAGGCAAGUUUGAAGAAUACGAGCGGUGAAGGGGUCGUCAAGAGGACCGCAGUUCAUCGUGCCACGCCGAAUCCGGUAUUUCGCGAGACUCUGAUACUACCCUGUCCGGCGUACAACAGUCACUGCACCGGUCACAGGCCCACGUCCCUGGACAUCGCCGUCUGGCACCGGGACCGUCGUGCAAGACGUAGCGAACUGCUGGGCUGCAUGACUCUUCCUCUGCCGCUGUCCCAGGAUAAGGAAGCAACAUGGCACCCUCUAGAAUCCGGAUCCGUCCGAAACACGAGCACCCCUUUUGCGGGUGUACCUCAGGACUGCGUCGUGUCGCCGCCAUUGUCCAAGGAUGGCGAGCUAGAUAAUAACAACUCAGGGACGGAUGAUUUGAUGUAUCUGAGGCACCUGGAGUUGGAACCGGUCGAUCCACUGACAGGCUUACCUCUGCACCCGGGUUUCACCGCGAAAGGCGGCAGAACACCUUGUACUAUUACCAGAAGCUUGAUAAGACAAACUUCAGUCAAUCAGAUCCCAUGGGGUUUUUCGUUAUCGUGGGGCAGGCCACCUCGGGUGGAGCGCGUGGAUCCGGGAAGUCCGGCGGAACGUGCCGGCUUACGACCGGGCGAUCAUGUGGUCUUUGUAGAAACGACGAACGUCGUGACGAGACCGCGGGACGAGAUCUUGGGUCUUAUCCAGGCCGCCACGAAUCAACUGGUGCUGGAGGUGCAUCGCAAAGGGGGCGCCCAAUCGUCUGCCAUCCACAGACCCAGCUCGGUCAACACCACCCUUCAAAACCCUUCUGUUACCGGUCCCACCAGCCAACACACGGUCACAUUCAAUGCCGAGGUCUUCCCGACUCUGGCACCUGACGCGCCACCCGAAGAGGAAUUAACUGUACGCGAGACCAGGUACUGGAGCAUCCUGAAGAACGGCCACGCGCGCUUCAUGGCCCCGCUGUGCGAGCAACGCGACGUUCUAUCGGCGAUGGACUACCUGAUUCUAUUCCAGAACCUGGACGAGCUGCUCAAGCUAUCCGAGGAGAUCAGGGACGAGGGGGGCGGUGUCGACAGCUAUCUCUGUAGAGUUCCUAAAAUCACAGCUGCCUACCGAAGAUACCUCAGUGGCCUACAACGUGCCUGCUGCCUCCUGGUCGCUCUCAGACGGAACACGGCCUUCGCCAAGCUUGUCUGCGAGCCUGCCGUGCCGCACAAACGCCGCCCCGACCUUACUGGGGUAUUACUCCUACCCUUAGAGCAUUAUAGAGAAAUGACGAGAUUGUUGGGUCAGGCGUCUCCGCGAAAUUGCCAACAAGCGAGAGAUUUGGCCCACGGCUAUAGAGAAGCUACAGCUAAUGCUGGUGUUAUGGAGCCGCCGCGAGACACCGGAAGACCUCUGCUGAGUUUGCAAGAGGUGGAAUCUCGGCUAGUAUUCGCGAGAUGCAAACCGUUUACCUUAGUGAUGCCGGGAAGACAAUGGCUCUUCGGCGGCGCUCUCGCUAAGGUCGAAGGUCGGGCGCGUCUGCAGCCGUCCUGGGCGCUGCUACUGACCGAUCUUUUGGUAUUCGCGCGGGUUUCGCGAGACCGCGUGCUUUUCGUCACCGAGGAGCCCCUACGAUUGUCCAGCAUCGCCGAGGCGUGCUUCACCGUGCGAAAACGACCGACGGAAUUUCGGUUACAGGUCGCCGUAAACCCGAAUGGCAACUCGGAGAACGGCCACGCCGAGAUGGUGAACAGUGGCGGUUGCAGCCCGCACAGUCGACUUCGAAGACGCGUUCUCAUCUUUCGAGCGCCUACUGCAGAGCUUAAAGCCGUCUGGCACAAUCUUCUUCAACGGCAAAUCAUCUAUGUGAAUACAGGCUGUGGCUUGAAUUUGUCGGAUCAGGAUAGCCCGGAAGAGAGUCCAAUUGUCGGUAAUAAUUUUGCCGCGGUCAGAGAAUCCACGGGAAUUGCGCAGAUCGUGAGAGAGCCUCAACAACGAGAAGAAGAGGAAAAGGAGUCGCAAUCCGGUGAAAGCCUGGAUACGAUCCUGAAGAACUCUCGAGAGAACAAUCACCUGGCUCAGUGGGUGCGCAAUUCGCAUCAAAUCCCUCCUCCGGAUAACGAGAGUUCACUGGAGGAGUGGACGGCGGAGGAAUUGGCGGCCCGAGCUCCUCGAGAAAGUAACAGCAGGUCGACCAGCCAGGACACUGCGACGGAAGAGAUUACGACGGCGAAUUCCGACGCGGAACAACAAAGUACUGCGUCGAGUGCAAGUCUAAGUACUGUAAAAUCAAAUAACAUGACGCGGAAGAAUGGCAGUUAUGUGUCUUCAAAGGAGAAUUCAACGAGCUCUAUCAACAUUUGCCGAAGGUGCCAUAGAUCGGGUUGUCCUACUCCACCAUUACAGAGGGAUCCGUUCUCCCCGUUACCCCCAAAAAUUUCAGUUCUUCCACCGACCCCCGAUCUCUGCACGAGACACAGAUUGCGAAAUGGACUGCACGAUAGCCCGGGAUGUAACAGUCCCAAUUACACGCCUGCGGAUGGUAACACCGAAGAUGGCAGCGAGGACGAUCUCGAUUGUGACGGAGAACCCCCUUAUAGAGCCUUGAGGCGGUUCGGUACGAUGAGCAGUCUGGAUCAAGAUGACGAGCUGGAUGAGCAGAGGGAAGACGACAAUCGGGACUUGGAGUCGCCGCCGUCCGGCUUGAGAGCGUGGACCGCCCGUGCGAGCAACUACGUCGUCAGUAAGAUGGUUUUAUUGGAACAGCUCAGCGAGGGUGUCGGUGGUUAUCUUCUUCAACCACCAGUACCCCCGGAGCGAACCGAAUUUUCGUUGGAUCCUAACGACGAGGAAGGCACUACGUCCGGGGCUACUUCCGGCGACGAUAUAUGGGGCACGCCGACUUCCGGCGGACCGGACGACGAGAGUUUCAUGGCCAAUUCGCCGCCGCCGAACGGCUGCAGCAGCGGCGGUGCAGUGGUGAACACCGGCGAGGACAAUUACGGCCUAAACCUGUCGGCGGAAGAUGACGCCGAUCAAGAAUUGGAGAACGAGGACUGCUCGUUGCCGGAGCUAAGCAUGGACCAGCUGCUUGGCGGCGGCGGUAGUCUAGGUUCGUUGCGCUGCUUCCUGGGUAGGAGACGGCUGGAGCCGCUGCCGGAAGAGGAGGACUCGCCCGGCAGCGGCAAGCACCAGGUCGGAUGGUGGUGACAGCGGUUUCAAACGACGUC